AUGGGCGGCUCCGCUUCUAUGGGACCCCCCGGCCCCCCAGGCCCCCCAGGACCCCCCGGACCCCCCGGACCUGCAGGACCCGAAGGACCCCCUGGACCCCCCGGCAUCCCCACCCCGACGGCGGAGAAGACGGAGUACAUCCCUGUGCCCGGACCCAUCGGCCCCCCCGGUCCACGCGGUCCGCCCGGGAUACCAGGUUCUCCGGCUUUCCUGCCCAAGAAAUACGGCUUCGGAUCGCCAUUGCCUCACGACACUGUGUUCGAUUCCUUCCCACCGACUUCGAACGUUGGCAUGGGCAUUAAUUCUGCAUCCAUUCUCCGAUUCACUUCUCGCACUUCUAUGCUUCAGGAAUGGGCGUACCACACUCCCGGCGCCCUCGCCUACGUCUUGGAUGACGAUUCGCUCUUCCUACGGGCGGCUCGCGGAUGGAGGGAAGUUGCUUUUGGCGAGAUGCUGACGCCCCAGAUUGCCAACACGCCCCUACGCCCAACGCCCACGCCCAUGAACCCUAACGUUGAGACAGGGGAGAGCCGAUGACGACAGACGUGGAGGACAACGAAUGGAAUACAAAGGAGCUCCGCUUGGCCGCCCUCAACGAGCCCUGGCAAGGGAGUUUCCACGACGUAGCCUCUCCGGACUACACGUGCUAUCGGCAGGCUAGGAGUGCCGGCCUGCGCGGGACUUUCAGGGCGCUGUUAUCGGGCCAGAGACACGACGUUGCCUCUUUGGUUCGUUUUGCCGACCGAGAACAGCCGAUUGUCAACCUUAGGGGUGAGCUAGUCUUGGGAUCCUGGAGGGACGUGAUGGCAGGUCACGGAGGUCAGUUCCUUGAGAAGCCAAGGAUCUUCUCCUUCGAUGGCAGGGACGUCUUGAGGGACAGCGCUUGGCCCGUGAAGUACAUCUGGCACGGCGCUAACAAGUAUGGCGAGACGGCCUACAACCUCAACUGCAACUCGUGGUCCUCGUCAUCGUCCAGCGCCUUCGGAAUGGCCUCCUCGCUCAACAGCCUGCAACUCCUCGACCAGAAAAAGAUCGCAUGCGACAACCAGCUUAUCGUCCUGUGCAUUGAGACCACCAGCAGCCUCCCGAAGCGCAGAAAACGCACGGUUGUAGAAGAAGAAAACGAAGACCGCAGUGAAGACGAAAUCGGAGAGGGAAAGACAGAGAACGGGAAAGAGAGGGAGGACCCUGAAGCCUUAAGAAAGAAUGAGAAGGACGAUGAGGAGGAAACCGAUUUUCCCGCAUACAGCCCGGUCUCGCAGCCGCUGGAAUCGACGAGCGCCCAGCUUAGCGACAAACAACAAACAGAGAGUCACAGUAACCUACGCACGCAACAAAAACCUCCACCUCUUAUCCAGGAUCUCUAUCUUAUUUAAGCCAAGAUUAGCAUAACGAAAGAAAAAAAAUAUUACAAUAUAAUCCUUAUGCACUCGUGUACUCUUCCUA